GAGAGAGAAAACAGGGUUUUGGGGCAUCACAAUAUAUAUUGAAAGCUUUAAAUGCGAGUUGGUUGUUUUUCCUCUCUUUUCAUCACCUUAAGCGCUAAGCAUUGCCCACCCAUCCUUCCUUUUUCUUAAACCCCAACCCUCUCUUGCUAUUUCAUUUCUCAUUUGAUUUCAACAAAAAGAAUGGAUUUUUACGAAUACCCAUCCCGUUUUUCCCUCUCUUCACUUUCUUUGUUUGGUGAUUUCGUCGAAAAGGUUAAAUAUUUUUGCAAUUUCGCUGUUUCUGCCAUCCUUGGGAACAUUUUCUCUGCGAUCUUAACCUUCUUCUUUGCAUUAGUGGGCACCUUGUUAGGGGCCAUGACGGGGGCUUUGAUAGGACAAGAAACGGAGAGUGGGUUCGUUCGAGGGGCUGCAGUUGGGGCCAUCUCUGGUGCAGUUUUCUCAAUCGAAGUCUUUGAGUCAUCUCUAGUUCUUUGGCAAUCCGACGAAUCCAGGAUCGGAUGCUUACUUUACUUGAUUGAUGUCAUUGCAAGCCUUCUAAGUGGGAGGCUUGUUCGUGAGCGAAUCGGUCCGGCGAUGUUGAGUGCAGUCCAAAGUCAGAUGGGAGCUGCUGAAACAACUUUUGAGGAUGUCCAGAACAUAUUUGACAUUGGUGGUUCCAAAGGAUUGGCUGGAGAUUUGGUUGAGAAAAUCCCAAAGAUCAUAAUCACAAACAAUAACAAUGUGGAUGCUUCCGGGGAGAAAAUUUCCUGCUCAGUUUGUCUUCAGGACUUUCAGCUGGGAGAAACAGUUAGGAGCUUGCCGCAGUGCCACCACAUGUUCCACCUACCUUGCAUAGAUAAGUGGCUUGUUAGUCAUGGUUCUUGUCCAUUGUGCAGAAGGGAUCUGUAAUCUUGCUUCUUCUUUUUUUUUUUUUUCCUUUUGUAAAUUAUACAAUUAGAUGAGUUCUUCAUAGUUUAUUUUAUACCGUCGUUACUUGCCGGCCGGGGCAUGUGUAUUCGUUCAUUAUAAUUAGUCCUUUGUAUAAGUUUUUUUGAUUUACAACUCAGGGGCCUCCUGAGAACGUAAUACUUGAUUUGUGUGAUGUUUGAGGCCUUCUCAAAUUGCCUAUAUAAAAAUUGUGAACAAUAAGGGUCUAGCUAAGAA